GGUUUAUGCAGUCUGGCACUGUUUUGAAUGCUAACUUUCUGUCCGUGUGAUCGAGGAAGUCAGAUAUAUUGCGGGAAAGUGAUUUCUUCCCGGCAGGAAUCUCCGCACGAGUCAUGUGAUCUUACUCUGGCAGCUUUCCGGGUAUAUUUUAUUUUCAUAGGCGGACGUCAGAUAUGCGCUGAGCAGACGAUCAUAGCGCUCUGACAGACGCGCCGGCAGGCGGACCGAGCGAGCCAUGGAAUCAGUUUGUGGAGGCGCCGACAGCCCAGCGUGUUCCGUAUGUCAGGACGACUUGCAGGAUCCCACCCGGGUUGCCCAGUGCGGUCAUGUGUUCUGCAGGUCCUGUCUAACACAGUCACUGCGAAUAAGGCCACACUGCCCACUCUGCAGGGCUCCGGCCAAUGAGUUUCAGAUCCUCCCAGCCCCUGAUGUCCUGGCCCCUGUGGGACGAGGCGCAGUUGCCCAAACAGUAGGACAUAGCAGCGCUACGCACUCUUCCUGCACCCAAACAGCUCCCCGGAGCAGGAUACGAGACCACCUCCAGAGACAUGGCACGGCCCUGCCACUGAUGGAUCCCUUCGCCACAGUGUCGUCAUUGCGACUGUCCAGUGGCAUGCAGGAACGUUUGCGUCUUCUGAGUGCAUCGAUUGAGGCCUCGCAGAUUGGACCACCUCCUGUCCCACGUGACCAACCUGCCAUGCCCAUCGUACCUGCCCCACACAUCCUACCUGCCCCACGUGUCCCUCCUCCCCUGCCUACGCAACCUCCCCCACCCAUCCCACCUGCCCUACGCAUCCAACCUGCCCCACGUGGCCCUCCUGCCCUGCCUACCCAACCUCCCCCACCCAUCCCACCUGCCCUACGCAUCCAACCUGCCCCACGUGGCCCUCCUGCCCUGCCUACCCAACCUCCCCCACCCAUCCAACCUGCCUUGCCACACCCAGUCCCGCGUGCGGGACCUGUUCCCCCACCCAUCAACACCAUCCCCACGUGGGCACCACCUCUGGACUCCCCCUCGCCUUCCAGCUCAUAUUCGUCCUCCUCAGAUGAAGAGUUUCUGGAUGACAUGCUAGAUGAUUUCGAGAUGUGGCAAUCAGGGGACAGAAGCUCUGUCGAUCCAUUUGGGAAUUUCAACUGCCCUUACUGCCAGCAAGGGGGACUGGAUGAGCCGGGUCUGCUGGAGCACUGCAACACCAAUCACAGAGCUGAUCCCAGGCGUGUGGUGUGCCCCAUAUGCGUGUCCCUGCCUCACGGAGACCCCACCUAUCGGAGCGCAGACUUCAUCGGACACAUAAACCACCGCCACCGCUAUUACAGCGCUGACUUCAUGGAUGUGGCCCACAAUGAUACCAUCAGCCAACAAGCAGCAAUCCUGGCCUCCUACAACUCUCUGGCGCAAAGCAGUUAAAUCGAAAUGUUCUGUGAUCUGUAAUUAGCCAAUUAUAUUCUGAACUCUAUGUGUGGAGAUGUAGAGAACCCAGUGAAAACACUGAGGUACUGUACAAACACACAUUUACGACAUAGGCAAGAUCAGAGUAUGCACUCACAGUAAACUUGUUGCAAUAUAUUAGUGAUAAGGCCUUUAUUAAGCUAGAGAUAGCAUAUUAAUACCUUAUCAAAUGUGCUGUAAAACGCGUAACUGCAAGCUCUGUAAGAAAAACAGUGUGAAGUGUUGGCCUGGGACUAGCAGACCCGAGAUGAGAAGAGUUAUUAGAGCUGCAGAAUAUUAAACAUAAUUUGUUUUGUAGUGUCUAUACGUUAGUGAUAUGGGCCCAUACACUGCCAGGGAUAUAAUGUGCCAGGUCUUUGUGUACUUAUUAUGGAGUUCAGGACUUGAAUGGAAAGCAUAACUAUUUUUUAUGUGCAAUAUAUUUUCCUACUUUUUAUAGCAGAAUGGCCUUUCCUAAACUUGGGGAAUACAAUAAAUGUAAAAUGCAGGAUUGUGAAUGUGUUGUGCUAGUGAGUGAUAUUGAGGUUUGGUGCUAAAUCACUAGAACAAACAAGAUGGCACCAUUGCUGUACUAUGCAAGAUACCUUUGCACAUGUUUUCUAUCAUGAAAUAAUAUAAGAUACAGGAAUUUUAAUAGUAACCAGUAUGUUUGUACAGCCAGGUACAUAAAUAUUUAGACAUUGACAGAGUUAUUGAUAUUUUAGCCAUUUACCACAGGAUAUUGGAGUUGGAAGUAAACGUUGUCAUCAUUUUGCCUACCAAAGUAACACAUGAGUGAUUUUAGUGUUUAGUUUGGCAACAUCCUCGGAUCGAAAUAUCAGCAAGACCACCUAACCUCAGCAAACCAAAUGAUGACUCAUAACGACGGAAUAUCAUUAACUGCACGUUAUCUGACAGUGCCCAGAUAAACGUCUACAACAAAGGCAAAUGACUUGUGUGUCAGUGUCGUCAGUAACGUAAACUAGCAAGCCAGCUAGCUAACGUUAGUGCACUGGGGAUACCUUAUUGCAAUAGCAUUGCUUAGCUAACGUUAGUGCAGUGGGGAUACAUUAUUGCCAGUGCCUAAUACAAUGGCUUAGCUAGUGGAGUGGCGAUACAUUAUUGCUGGCUAACUUUAGGAAACGAUACUUAACUAGUGCAGUGGAAUGAACUAUUGCUAUCUAACGUUAGCAAUACCAUUGCGUAGCAACCAAUAAACUAGCCUACUGUUCAGCGGAAGAAUACAUUUAGGCUACCAUAUAAACAUAGUUCCAUUAAAAAUACAUUAAUUUAAAGCUUGUCCUGUCUUUCUUUUGUGAAAUUUUGAAAGAUAAAAGUGGUAACCGUUAAAAGCGCCACAGCAAGGGGGUGUAACGGCACUGAGGGUAUUUACUAUUUAUCUAAAUCUGGUGAACGUUGUAUGAAUUACAGUCCUUUGUAUACAUAGUAAAAAAAAAUGAGGGGCUCAAAAUAAUUAACAUAAUCAUAGAUUAAAUUGUCAUUGUUUCAUACUUGGCUGCAUAGCCUUUGCAUGCCAUGACUUGCUGAUGUCCGUAUCAACAUCAUCAGAGUCUGAUCUUAUUUUCAGGUUGUCCUACACUUGUUGUCCUAGCUCAUAUUCAUUAUUUACUUCAACGCCGAAAUCCUGUGGUAGACAUUGAUAAUCUUUGCCAUGCAAAUAAUUUGCUUCUAAAGCUCAUUUUAAUUUUGGUCUUUUUUUUAAAUUGCGUGCAGACAGCACAUUUCCUUACCUUGAAUGUGUUUUUUCCACUCCACACAACUGUCGCCUAAACUAGGGCUGCACAAUAUAUGGUAGGCUACCUAUAUUUAUCGUCGUGGAGAUAUGAACAUGCAAGAUAAAAACAUCUCAAAAGACUGCUUCACCUGCGAUGAAUAGUAUUUAUUUCAACUGAUGUUCUGUUAGAUUGAUUGGCUGCUCAUAUGCAAUGUCUUCAAUAGAACCAUGUUGGAAAUAAUGCAUUUAAUCCAAUUAAUAGCAGUGUACCUAAAGCAGAAAGACGUUAGAACUGCAGAGUUCAACAUUAAUUUUUUUUGUAUUUGCUUAUUUAUCGCAAGUCAUGUCAUCAUUGCAAUAUUCAACAACGUUAUCGCAUAUUGCCUAUUGUCCUCGCCCUUGCCUAAAGCGAUAUAAUUGAUUAAUUAAAUACAUUCAGAAUUGUCAGAAUCUUCUUUUAUUAAAGGCAUCAAAAAUCC